AUGGGAAGAUGGUACUCACAAUGUGCUGGUAAUUUUCCCUGUGGUCUUUCGGAAGCUAAGGAAAUCGCUCACAGUAGAGGAGUCAUAACCAACAUUAGCCCACCUUCUAGCAUCCACAGACCAGAUUUCUUGAAUAUACCUGAACAUUCUCGAGGAUUAGAACUUGACAUCUAUUAUCCACAGUAUAGAUUUGCUAUAGAGGUACAAGGCAAACAACAUGAGCAACAUUCUGAACUUAAGCGCAUGUGUACUGAGGUUCUAAGAGCGAAUGGGGAACAUAAUGAGAGGCGUGAUGCUGAGAAUGCCAAACUCAAGGCCACAAUUGAGGAGUUGAAAUCUGAGAAUGCUGAGUUUAGAGAUAGACUCACAAAAGUAGAACAGAAGCAAACGUUAAAUGAUAAUACUCCUAACAAUAAUUCAUCUAACUUCAAUUUGGUUGCAGUACCAGGGGCGAUAACGGUACCUACUGAAGAGAAAGAGAUGGAUAAUUUCUUGCUUAAGGCUCAUAAGAAAAUUGAUGAUGUAAAACAUCAAGAGCCAAUUUCCUCUGGUUGUUCACUCUGUGAACUAUUUCAUGAGACUGAAAUUUCAGCGACAGCCCAUCGUCUAAAAUGCUCUUCAUCUCUGCUCGAUUUAGCAAAGUUAUUUGAUAAAGCAUCAGAUGCCGAAUAUCGCACUAAUAAAAAAGCCAAUGAGGAAGAAAUCUUAUGCUGGGUUAACUUUGGGAAAGAAUUCAUGGUUCACUUUAAACAACUUGUCACCAUUCGUGAGAAGAGAUCAAAAGAAAUGGGUAUACAGCUUCCAAAAAUCUCCCAUAGUUCUCUAAUUAGAAGGACUCAAAGGUCUAUGAAGCUUGUUAAAAUAAUUGAGAAAAUAGGUAUAGAUAAAAUUAAGUAUCUUAGUGAAUAUGGUCCCAAUUCCAUUUCAGAGUUGACUAACGAUCAAAUUCAAGAGAUCAUAGAUAAUUUCUCCAAGAAUCCAAAUACUGAAUUACCAGAUGAUCAUGAAGCCUCUAUCAUCGAUUCUGAAGGGGAGAUUUUGGAUGAUUAG